GCUUCCGGUGACAACUUCCCUUUCUCGGCUGUGCUCGCCGCUGCACAUGUUUUUCUACGGCAGCAACGCGGUUUGCUUUCAGUGUGCAGCUCGCACAGCACUGACGUGGGUUGCCUUCUCAAAACGCUUCACGAGGUUCGAUACUCGUCGAGAACAAGUUUCAGUACGCUGAAGUGGUCCUUCUGAGCAGCGCCCAAGAUGUGCGGAAUUUUCGCCUACCUGAAUUACCUCGAACCGAAGACACGACGAGAAAUCCUGGAAUGUCUCAUCAAGGGCCUUCAGCGACUGGAGUAUAGGGGCUACGAUUCUGCUGGAAUUGCCUUUGACAAAGACUGUCAGGGCAAUGACAUUUCCAUCAUUCGUAAAAUUGGAAAAGUCAAGGUGCUUGAGGACUGCAUAUGGCAAAAGGAUGACCUGGACAUGGAUCAUGAGCACAUUACACAUGUUGGUGUUGCCCACACACGUUGGGCAACCCAUGGUGCUCCCAGUGACCUCAACAGCCACCCACACCGUUCAGACACCGAAAAUGAGUUUGUGGUUGUUCACAAUGGCAUAAUUACCAACUACAAGGACAUCAAGCAGUUCCUGCUUCAGAAGGGAUGCCAUUUUGAAUCUGACACUGACACGGAGGUCAUUGCAAAAUUCAUCAAGCAUCUCCAUGACACCCAUCCAGACCUAUGCUUUAGGGAGUUGGUGGAACAGGUCAUCCAGCAGCUGGAGGGAGCUUUUGCACUGGUAUUCAAGAGCAAGAAGUUCCCACACCAAUGUGUUGCCACAAGGCGGGGAAGCCCCUUGCUAGUUGGCCUGAAGACCAAGUCCUAUCUCUCAACAGAGUUCAUCCCAGUCUUGUACAGCAAAGCCUUAACAAUGGAGCACAGUGGCGGUUUCUAUUUUGGCACUGGUGCUUUGACCUGUCCGCUGGGGUACCACCGCCCCAGAGAGUCCCACCCACCUUCCAACACGGGAGGUCUGCACCGUACUGCAUCAACAACAGAGUUUGGGCCACCUGGAGAUGACAAGGAGAUUGAAUACUUCUUUGCAUCAGAUGCUAGUGCCAUCAUUGAACACACAAACAGGGUGAUCUUUCUUGAAGAUGACGAUGUUGCAGCUGUUUCUGAUGGUCAUCUGACCAUCCACAGAUUGAAGAGAACACUUGAUGAGAAUGUGAACCGCGAAAUCAUCACUCUAAAGAUGGAAAUUCAGGAGAUCAUGAAAGGAAACUUCAGCUCUUUCAUGCAAAAGGAGAUCUUCGAGCAGCCUGAGUCUGUGAUAAACACAAUGAGAGGGCGUCUCAACUUUGAGAAGGAAUCUGUGGUUUUGGGUGGCAUUAAGGACUACAUCACUGAAAUCAAGCGCUGCAGACGACUACUGCUCAUUGGCUGUGGCACUAGCUACCAUAGUGCCAUUGCUACAAGACAAAUCUUGGAAGAGCUUACAGAGCUACCUGUUAUGGUAGAACUGGCCAGUGAUUUUUUGGAUCGCAACACACCUGUGUUCAGAGACGAUGUCUGUUUCUUCAUUUCCCAGUCUGGUGAGACUGCAGACACUCUCAUGGCACUGCGCUACUGCAAGCAGCGUGGUGCCUUAAUUGUUGGUGUUACCAACACUGUUGGGUCCAGCAUCUGCCGUGAAAGCCAUUGUGGUGUUCACAUUAAUGCAGGUCCAGAGAUUGGUGUGGCCAGCACCAAGGCAUACACUAGCCAAUUCAUCUCUCUUGUGAUGUUCUCCCUGAUGAUGUGCGAAGAUCGCAUUUCCAUGCAACCUCGACGCAGUGAGAUUAUUCAAGGGCUUCACAGGCUUCCAGACCAGAUAAAGGAGGUGCUCAAGCUGGAUGAUGAGGUGAAAGAGCUUGCCCAACACCUCUACCAACAGAAGUCCCUCUUGGUCAUGGGCAGGGGCUACAACCAUGCCACAUGCUUGGAAGGUGCCCUGAAAAUCAAAGAGCUGACAUACAUGCAUUCCGAAGGCAUCCUUGCUGGGGAGCUAAAGCAUGGCCCUCUAGCCCUAGUCGACAAGGCCAUGCCAGUCAUAAUGGUGCUUACACGGGACCCUGUAUUCCCCAAGUGUAUGAAUGCCAUGCAGCAGGUGAUUGCACGUGAUGGACGGCCUAUUGUAAUUUGUGAAAAAGGUGAUGAAGAGACAAAGAAGAUGGCCUUCAAGUAUCUCGAAGUACCUCACACAGUGGACUGCUUGCAAGGCGUAUUGACUGUUAUCCCACUUCAGCUUAUGUCUUACCACAUUGCUGUGCUCAAAGGUUGCAAUGUGGACUGCCCCCGGAACUUGGCAAAGUCGGUCACUGUGGAGUAACCUCUGCAAGAGCCGCUUGCUGGCUGCCACACCUUUGAUGCAAGGCUUCGAGUAAUUGAAAUUGAAUUGUGCAUAUAACUAUACUGUUUGUACACAUCUUCUGUCAACGAAGCUUGGCGUACACUUUGAUAUUCUGAUACCAGCAAGCCUGUGGGCUUAUUGUACGAAUGAGGCAAUGCAAAUAACAGCUGUGAUUCUGUAUUUUAGAAUGAAGCCCCGGUGAGUCUGUUCUGGACUUUCAUAGUUUUGGACAUUACUGUGAUGUAGAAGAAAGUUUUUUUCAUAUUUUAUCUUUCCAGUCUCUCUUCACCGCUAUGUCUUAAAUCUUGCUUUUAUAUUGCUAGGCAUUCAAAAUUCUUGCUUUUUACUGUUGUUAUGUCUACAAGAACACAAUGUAAUCUGGAUUUUCUUUUUUUGCUUGUUCUUGUAUAUAUGUCAGUUUCAGUGUAUUCGUGCAUUGGUUUUAGCCAGUGAUUUGGAGGAUGCACAUUACAUGCAAUUAGUCUUAGAUAAGCUGUAAAUGAAUUUCUUUACGCUUGCUUUAAUAAAAGCUUUUCAUCUA